UGCAGCUAGUGCACGCAUUUUCAUGCUUUUUUUCAACUUUAGAAACUAAAGUCUAAAACACGUUAAUUUCCCUUCAAAUUCAAGUAAAGAAAAGCAAAGAAAUUCGAAGAAUUAGUUUUACCCAAGAAAUUUUAGAGAGAGAGAAAAUGGCGUCGUUCCAGAAUACAUUCAGCAGCAAUGAAGGAGAAGGUGAAGAAAUUAGGGUUUCAUCAAACAGUCCUUUCGAUGAUGUUGAUGAUGGUUACAUAGGUUAUGACCCUCGUCUUCCUUCUCAACGUUUUGACUCUAAUUUUGAUGUUAACGAAGUAGAAGAAGAAGAAGAAGAAGAAAUUAAAGAAACCCCUAGCGAUUUAUCUUCUAUUCCUCCUCCUCCUCCUCAGGAAGGUUUGCACAACGAUGAUGAUUUCACCGUUCAUCGUGUAUCUAAUGUUGUAGUAGAUGAUGAUAAUGUUACUCCAUCUACAGAAACUUAUGGUUUUACUUCAACUGUUGCUGAUGAACCUAAUGAUGAUACUAAAAAUUCUGAAUAUUCACCUUCUUUGUUCUCGGAGGUUCCUGAAUCGAACGGUCAUGAGAAGAUGUAUGAUAAUGGUGGUGUUUUUGUUUCUGAUGAUGGUCCUCUUCUUCCUCCUACUGAAAUGGAACCUGAGGAAGGAGUUGUUCUUCGAGAAUGGCGUCGCCAAAACGCAAUUGAGCUCGAAGAGAAAGAGAAAAGAGAGAAGGAAAUGCGAAACCAGAUUCUCGAUGAAGCUGAAGUGUACAAAAAAGCCUUUUAUGAGAAAAGGGAACUUAACUGCGCAACUAACAAAGUUAAUAUCAGAGAAAAGGAGAAGCUAUUCUUGGCUAAUCAAGAGAAUUUUAACAAAAACGCGGACAAGCAGUACUGGAAAUCGAUUUCAGAGCUCAUUCCUCAUGAAGUUGCCAGUCUAGAAAAGAAGAAAGGAAAGAAAGAUUCAGAAAAGAAGCCAUCAGUUGUGAUUGUUCAGGGUCCAAAGCCUGGAAAGCCUACUGAUCUUUCCAGGAUGAGGCAGAUACUCGUUAAGCUGAAGCACGAAACCCCACCUCACUUGAUUCCAUCACCACUUAAACCCACAGAUGGAAAGAAAGAUGGCACCCCGGCUGCUGCUGGAGAAAAACCUGUUUGUGCACCAGAGGGAUCGUCAAAACAAGAGGUAUCUGUGUCAGUUGAGGACAAGCUGGGCACCAUGCCAGAUACCGUUGCUGCUUCAUGAUCUUAAUUUUCAUAUCUUACUGAACUACUAGACUAGAAUUUUGUAAUAAUUUUUUGGUCUUGCCUGCCGAUUAUAUAAGGCAGUCAUGCAUUACCAGAGACAGAACAAGUAGGUAUUUGACCAAUUCACACUUUCUUUGAAACGUGGAACUGGAAUGCUAACCUUUAUUAUUGUGCAAUAGAAUUUUCUGGUUUACAUAAGAAA